AUGCGCUGUUGUGAGUACCGUCCCGUGACUUGGACAAUAAAUACAGGAGCUUUCAUUUGCCUAUGUACCACCGACGCUAGGUCGGUACGUAAUCAAUCUAGAGAGACAGAUAGACUGUGCAUCCUCGGUGGUUUGUCUGUCGGGGAGUCAAUCUGGCCGGGAUCUGACGCCACCAUCGCCGGAAAAAUGUCUUCCGGCAGGUACAUGGCGUACUCACCCUCUCCAUCCGCUCCUCACUCUCCUCAUAUCGGCAGUCUGCGCUCCACCUCUUCUGCCAUCAUGGAGCAAGAAAAGUAUCUCUCAGAAUUAUUGGCAGAGCGUCACAAACUUAGUCCAUUCAUGCCUGUGCUUCCACAUAGCUAUCGGUUGCUGAAUCAGGAAACAUUGCGUGUAACCACACUGUUGGGGAAUGCAUCAGUUUUAGAUCAAAGUGGGCUUGAACAUGCUAGCCCCAUAGCUUCAGGAGGAAUAUUUUCAAAUGGAGGAGCCAAUGUGAACAGAUGGGCAUCACCGUUUCAAUCAGAAAUGUCAGGUUUAAUGCAGUCCUCAUCUGCGCAAAACUGGCUUGGUUCGCAAGGUAGCUCAUCUGGUCUGAUUGUGAAGAGAACAAUCAGAGUUGAUAUUCCUGUGGACCAAUAUCCUAAUUUCAAUUUUGUUGGGCGCCUCCUUGGACCCAGAGGGAACUCUCUCAAGCGAGUGGAAGCUAAUACUGAGUGCCGUGUUCUAAUCAGAGGACAGGGCAGUAUCAAGGAUCCUGUCAAGGAAGAGAUGAUGCGAGGAAAACCAGGGUAUGAGCACCUUAACGAACCCCUCCAUGUACUUGUUGAGGGGGAAUUGCCAGUUGAGAUAAUUGAUGCCCGUCUGAUGCAAGCUCGUGAGAUACUCGAAGAUUUGCUCAAGCCUGUGGAUGAAUCUCAAGAUUUCUAUAAGAAACAGCAGCUACGGGAGCUUGCAAUGAUCAAUGGUACACUCCGUGAGGAAGGGUCGCAAAUGGCUGGUUCUGUGUCCCCCUUCCACAACAGCCUCGGGAUGAAAAGGGCCAAGACUAGGGGGUAAUGGGUCCCCUCUCUUUGGUGAGCUUUUGGAGAUUAUGUGUUGGGUUUAUGCGAUUAAACAACAGGGGUUGCUGUGCCAGUCAGUGCCUCCAACUGCCAUCGGGGCACUGGCACCUUUAUGUACCAGUUCUAACUUGUUUCUUUAUGAUAUGGGGUGUGUUUAUUACUUGAGGAAGGUUUACUGGCAGUAAGUAUACUGUAAAUAACCGUUCGAGUUCUCAGGCUUACUCGUGUUUAUCGCUCUGGCAGUUACAGUUAGAUCGUUAUCCAUGAUAGCCUGCUCUAGUAUUAUUUGAUUUGUUGCGAGUUUGUGGUUGGAGUUUUGAUAGGGUAGGUAUUUCAGUGGGAAGUAAAUGUGUGAUUUGUAACCGAUGUGAACUGUGAUCCAUUGUAAUGCUUGUCAAUUGGGUUAUUGUGUUUUGUACUACUGAAUGUAGAAAAGCUACUUCAGACUUUGUAAGAAAUUUUUUUCUUUUUUUUUUUUCUUGCAUGAUCUC